AUGUCGUUCCUCGGUGGCGCAGAAUGCUCCACGGCGGGAAACCCCCUCACUCAAUUCACGAAGCACGUUCAAGAUGACAAGUCACUACAGCGCGACCGACUGGUCGGCCGCGGACCGGGCAUGCAAGAAGGCAUGCGGUCACGAAACAUGAUGCCAGGACAAGACCAGAUGAUGGACGAUUUCAUGCAACAACCAGGGCAGCAAUUAAACGGACCAUCGCCGCAGCCUUUCGCUAUGGAGCACAUGCGUCGCGAACUGGAUAAUUUUCAGACGGCGCCGGCCCGCACAGGGUCGCCCGGAUGGGCGGCGGAGUUCGACACAGGCGAGCAGGCGCGGAUGGAAGCUGCCUUCCCCGGACAAAUGAACAACGGAUCUGGGUUCAACCCUGCGGAAUUUGCUCGCUUCCAGCAGCAGAAUCGGAUGGGAAUGCCGCAGACCUCUACCCCGCAAACGGCGGCUUCGCCUAUGAUGUCUGGAUACCAGCGACCGAUGAGCAUGGGUGGUGGGUAUAUGGGUGGACUGGGAGGUAUGGGGAUGAUGAGGCCUAUGAUGGGCGGGCAGAUGGGGAUGCAGCAGCCGAUGGAGAGCCAGACACAGGAUAAGGGGAAGGGGCGGAUGGUUGAGCUCGACGAUGAGAAUUGGGAGGCGCAGUUUGCGGAGAUGGACACUGCGACUGUUGAGGAGACUAAGACGGACGAUGCGGCCAAUGCGGCUAUGGAGGCGGAAUUGAAUGAUUUGGACAGGUCAGUGCCCACCGAUGCCUUUGAGGAUGUUUGGCAACGGGUCCAGGCUGAGACCGCGAGCAGGAAACUUGCCGAGGAGGAUAACUUCGAGGUCACGGAUAGUGUGCAUGUUGGGGAUCUGGGUGAUUGGGAGGGCUUUGAUAGCCUGAACUCUCGGUUCCGCGAUCCCCAGCUUGGCGACUACAUGUUCGAGGAAGAUAAUGUCUACUCGGCCGUUGGGAAUCCGUUCGAGGAGGGAAUGAAGAUCAUGCGCGAGGGUGGUAAUUUGUCGCUGGCUGCGUUGGCCUUCGAAGCUGCUGUCCAGAAAGACCCGCAGCAUGUGCACGCUUGGACGAUGCUGGGCUCUGCGCAGGCGCAGAAUGAAAAGGAGUUGCCGGCUAUUCGUGCUUUGGAGCAGGCUUUGAAGAUCGAGCCUGGGAACUUGGAUGCAUUGAUGGGUUUGGCCGUGUCGUACACAAACGAAGGCUACGACUCAACUGCUUACCGUACAUUGGAGCGCUGGCUGUCAAACAAGUACCCAACAAUCAUCGACCCCAAGGAAGUAACAGGCGACGCAGACCUCGGCUUCACAGACAGACAGCUCCUGCACGACCGCGUAACAGAACUAUUCAUUCAAGCAGCCCAACUGUCUCCUUCAGGCGCCCAGAUGGAUCCGGACGUGCAGGUCGGCCUGGGCGUUCUUUUCUACUGCGCCGAGGAAUACGAAAAGGCCGUCGACUGUUUCUCUGCAGCUCUAGCCUCCACUGAGUCCGGCAGCACAAACCAACAAGAACAGCUGCAUCUCCUGUGGAACCGCCUCGGCGCCACACUAGCCAACUCUGGUCGCUCAGAAGAAGCCAUCGAAGCCUACGAACAGGCCUUGAACAUUAACCCCAACUUUGUGCGAGCCCGCUACAACCUCGGUGUGUCGUGCAUCAACAUCGGCUGCUACCCAGAAGCUGCACAGCACCUCCUCGGCGCACUGUCUAUGCACCGCGUCGUGGAGCAGGAGGGUCGCGAGCGUGCUCGUGAGAUCAUCAACGACGGAGUCCACCCCGAUGGUCUUGACGACGAGCGUCUCGAGCGUAUGUUGCAUAUCAGCCAGAACCAGAGUACCAAUCUGUAUGACACGCUGCGUCGUGUUUUCAGCCAGAUGGGCCGGAGGGACUUGGCUGACCAGGUUGUUGCGGGUAUGGAUGUAAAUAUCUUCCGCAAGGAGUUUGAAUUUUAG